AUGUCGUCUCAACCGCUGAAUACCCUUGCGCAGCGCCUCAAAGCUCUCCACGCACCGGGCAAACCCCUUGUCUUGACGAAUGUCUGGGACGCAAUGAGUGCAUCCGCCAUUGCGGCUCUUCCUGGCACGAAAGCGCUCGCAACAGCAAGUGCCGCCAUCGCCGCCGCUUCUGGCCUGUCCGAUGACGACUUGACUCUCAACGUCAACAUGCGUGCUGUGGACCCAAUCGCCAAGGUAGCAGUUGCAUAUAACCUACCUUUGACUGUGGAUCUGCAAGACGGGUUCGGUAACGAGCUGGAGGAGGCUGUGGAACGGGUUAUUGCAUUGGGUGCGGCGGGUAUAAACCUUGAAGAUUACGGACGCGAAAUCGAUGGUCUCUACGGUAUUGAUGAACAGUGCAACCGCAUACGUCGCGCUCUGAUCGUGGCCAGAGAUAACGGAGUUGCCGAUUUCGUUAUCAAUGCGCGUACAGACGCGCUCUUUGCGGGUAAUGGAAUCGAAGAUGUUAUCAAGCGUGGGCAGGCAUAUCUGGAUGCUGGCGCAUGGAAUGUUUUCGUUUGGGGUGGACCAAGCCGAGAAGGCUGGGGUAGAGAUGAAGUCGAAAAAGUAUGUCGGGCUUUUGACGGUCGCUUGAAUGUUAUCCUGGACAGAACUCGCGAGGGUGGCCUGACCAUCAAGGAGCUGGAAGAUAUUGGGGUUGCAAGGAUCAGCGUCGGGCCCCAAUUGAUGCGUCAAACGGCGGCACUGUUGGCAGGUGAAGCUCAGAAGAUACUUGAUGGAAAAUCUAGCGCGGCUGAGCCAUGA